AUGCCCAAUUGGGAACUCAAGAACUGCUGCAAACAUGACCAGGUUGCCUUCCUGGUCACUAUUGCUAUCUACUCUGUUGUAAUCCUAGCGUUAUGGAGGACAUUCUUAAUGACACCCUUUAAGCUUAUCACUGUAUUUUUGCAUGAAGCAAGUCAUGCGGUUGCUUGUAAACUCACAUGUGGUCAGGUGGAAGGGAUUGAAGUUCAUGCAAAUGAAGGUGGAGUGACAAAAACACGCGGCGGUUUAUACUGGUUGAUAUUACCAGCAGGAUAUCUUGGUUCAUCAUUUUGGGGGAUGGCUUUGGUACUUGCAUCCACAAAUCUCAUUACUGCAAGAAUAGCUGCUGCUUGUUUGGCUGUUGCUCUGCUAAUUGUUCUCUUUAUUGCUCAGAAUUGGACUCUUCGAGGACUUUGUAUUGGAUUCAUUAUUUUCCUGGCUGUUGUUUGGGUAUUGCAAGAAAAAACAACUGUACGAAUUCUUCGAUAUGUCAUUCUUUUUAUUGGUGUGAUGAACAGUUUGUUUUCGGUUUAUGAUAUUUAUGAUGAUCUAAUAUCUCGAAGAGUCCACUCUAGUGAUGCUGAGAAGUUUGCAGAAGUUUGUCCUUGCCCUUGUAGUGGUGUUGGUUGGGGAAUCAUAUGGGGAAUGAUCUCAUUUUUAUUUCUGAGUGCAUCCAUAUAUCUUGGACUGGUCAUCUUAUCCUGA